AUGGGGGAGGAGUAUGCCAAAUGGGGGAGGAGUAUGCCAAAUGGGGAAGGCGUGCCAAAUGGGGAAGGAAUAUGCCAAAAGAGGGAGGAGUAUGCAUUGGAUAAAACUAUUAUAAAGGAAGCAGAUACAAACAUGAUGAAUUCAACAAAAAAGUUUGUCUACAACUUUGAUACGGACUUUUAUCUACUACCAACCAAAGCCGAGAUGUUUGAAAUGACGAUGGAGGACUUGGAAAAACUUUAUCAAAUGUACCUAAACACAAUCCAGAUGAUCUGCCGUAGACCUAUCCGACUCGGGAACAGGAAUGAUGGAGGAUGGGAUCUGUGUGCUGAUAAACAAUUUCUGACACCUGGAAAAUGUCUUGUAUACUCGUUUGGAAUUAAUUAUGAUUUCACAUUUGAUGAUGAAGUGGCUGAUGUGUUUAAUUGUGAAGUCCAUUCUUUUGAUCCCAGUAUGGCAAUGAAAAGCAAAAAGAGGAGAUCUAAACCACCUGUGUACUUCCACGACAUCGGUAUUGCUAGAAAGUCUGGUACAAUAAAAACAGACAAAGAAUGGAAAAUGUUAAACCUGAAGGAUGUGAUGGCAAAACUAGGUCAUGAACGUAUUCCAGAUGUUAUUAAGUUAGACAUUGAAUUCUGGGAAUGGGACGUCUUACCCGAUAUUCUGAGAUCUAGACAACUGCCCAAACAACUUGCAAUAGAGUUUCAUCUUUGGAGUGCAGCGUAUGCUAAUAGUAAAACGUUCUACCUUGAUCGCUUGUUGAUCCUCAAAGAAAUAUAUGAUUCUGGUUAUAGGAAUUUCUGGCAGAACAGAAACUUACAAUGCACAUUCAAAUCAAGUAUAACUUCAAAUAACAUAUAUGGUUGCCUGGAAGUUGCUUACGUAAGAAUUGAGAAGGACAUUAGAGUAUAG